CCGCCGCCGCCAACCCUGCGGCUGCAGGAGCCGACCGCCGCGGCCACCCGCCUGCUCGCCCUCCGCGCUCGCCCUGCGUCCCUCGAGGCGGCCCGGAGCCGCCGCGCCGCGGAGGCGGCUCGCGCCCGCCCUGCCGGUCGCCAUCAUCCCGGCGUGCACCGCGGCGGCGGGCGGGCCGGCGGCCAUGUUGCGAUAGUCUGUUGUUUUCUUCCUGCGGAGGAGCCGGGACCGAGUGGCCGCGACUGCCGGUCUCCUCGCCCUGUCCCGGUCCCGGCGCGCCGCCCCCCGUCCCCCGCCGCGCGUCCCCGGGCCCCGGCCGGCCGGCGGCCCACCGGCUGGCUUGGCGGGGCGCGCCCGAAGGCCGGGCCCGCGAGCACCAUGGCGGCCGCCCUGGGAGCGGGCGGAGGAGCCGGCGCUGGAGAUGAUGACUUUGACCAGUUUGAUAAGCCUGGUGCAGAGCGAUCUUGGAGAAGAAGAGCUGCAGAUGAGGACUGGGACAGCGAACUUGAAGAUGACUUACUUGGAGAAGAUUUGCUGUCUGGCAAAAAGAAUCAGUCGGAUUUGUCAGAUGAAGAGCUGAAUGAUGAUCUUUUACAGAGUGAUAAUGAGGAUGAAGAAAAUUUCAGUUCUCAGGGUGUCACGAUUAGUUUAAAUACUACAUCUGGCAUGGUCACAUCAUUUGAACUCUCUGACAACACUAAUGACCAAUCUGGAGAACAGGAAUCUGAGUAUGAACAAGGAGAGGAUGAACUCGUUUAUCACAAGUCCGAUGGAUCUGAAUUAUAUGCUCACGAGUACCCAGAAGAAGGACAGUAUGAAGGCCAUGAUGCUGAGCUGACGGAAGACCACAUGGAGUAUGUGGAAGAGCCAGAGGAGGAGCAGUUGUACAAUGAUGAAGUGUUAGACAUCGAGAUCAAUGAGCCUUUAGAUGAAUUCACAGAUGAAGAAUACUUGCAGGCUUGUGGGCAGCAAGGGCUGCAAGAGCAGGAAGACUGUGUUGCUGAAGGUGAAUUAGAUGACCUCCAGGUUGCUCCUGAAACUGAAGAGGGCAGUAUGGAAACUUUGGAACUACAGAAGGACAUAAAAGAAGAAUCAGAUGAAGAAGAUGAUGAUGAUGAAGAAUCUGGACGAUUACGUUUCAAAACUGAGAGGAAAGAAGGAACAAUUAUUAGGCUCUCAGAUGUAACUAGAGAGAGAAGGAACAUUCCAGAAACUUUGGAGCUUUCAGCAGAAGCCAAAGCUGCGUUGCUUGAAUUUGAAGAGCGAGAACGACAGCAUAAGCAGGGGCGCUAUGGUUCGAGGCGGGGAGGAAGGAGAGGAGGCUCGGUAGUGUGUCGUGGAAUGGGAGACCAGAGGAGAGACAGUGGCGAGCGUGCAAGAAUGAAAGAUCACAGACCUGCUCUGCUCCCGACACAGCCUCCUGGCGUGACGCACUCUCCAAGAUUAAUUCCUCCUCCGCAGCCUCAGCCACCACCUCCGCCGCCGCCACCGCCUCCGCAGCAGCAGCCUAUCAGAAGUCUGUUCCAGCAGCAGCAACUGCAGCCUCUGCUCCCCCUGCAGCACCCGCACCAUGCCUCCCCUCCUCAGGGAGUGCACAUGCCCCCUCAGAUAGAGGCCCCGAGGGUGAUGAUGACCCCUCCCCCCGUGACCCCACAGCAGCCCAAGAACAUACACAUAAACCCCCACUUCAAAGGGGCAGUGGUGACGCCCGUCCAAGUGCCCUUGCUGCCGGUCCCGAGCCAGCCCAGGCCUGCUGUGGGGCCCCAGAGAUUCCCAGGCCCUCCAGAGUUCCCGCAGCAUACACCUGGGCCUGUCCCCAGUAAUUUCAGCCAGCCCCCACGACUCCCUCUCCAGGACCAGUGGAGAGCCCCACCCCCGCCACAGGAGCGAGACCCUUUCUUUUUAGGAGUUUCAGGUGAACCGAGGUUCCCAAGCCAUCUCUUUCUAGAACAGAGAAGCCCCCCUCCGCCGCCACCACCCCCCACACUUCUUAGCAGCACCCACCCAGUGCCCACUCCUAGUCCCUUACCGUUCACUCAGCCUGGACCAGCAUUUAAUCAGCAGGGACAGCAGCCUGUGUUCCCCAGGGAGAGGCCCGUCAGGCCCACCCUCCAGCCGCCGGGUCCAGUGGGGAUCCUGCACUUCAGCCAGCCUGGCUCAGGGGCCACGCGGCCUUUCAUCCCUCCUCGGCAGCCCUUCCUGCCUGGCCCGGGCCAGCCCUUUCUGCCCACGCAUGCACAGCCUAACCUGCAGGGGCCCCUGCACCCUCCACUGCCUCCUCCGCACCAGCCACAGCCACAGCCCCAGCAGCAGCCUCCCCUGCAGCCACAGCACCAGCCCCCACUGCAGCCACCCCCACAGCACCAGCCACCUCCACAGCCGCCGCACCAGCCGCAGCACCACCACCACCUGUCUGUGCCGCCCCCACCACUCAUGCCCAUGUCGUCGCAGCCGCAGUUCAGGCCUCAUGUUCAGGCGGCUCAGCCUCCACCCAGCAGUGGCCGGAUGCAGUGCCCCCAGCGCCAGGGGCUGAGGCAUAAUACAACUUCUCAGAAUGUAACCAAACGGCCAAUGCAGCAAAUGCAGCCAACUGCUCCAAGAAACAGUAAUCUGCGCGAGUUGCCAAUAGCGCCGUCACACGUCAUGGAGAUGAGUAGCAGCCGCUGUUCGUCCACGCCUGCAGCUCCAGUAAAGCCUCUCGCCAGCACGUCCCCGCCCACGAGGCCAGGAGGUGGGCCCCGGAGCACACAGGGCAAGACUGAAGCCAAAGUCAAGCCAGUCAGCCCUGUGGUUCAACCCAAAGAGGAAGCAAAAACAGAACCAGAGUUUCCUGAUGAAGACGAAGAGACGAGGUUGUAUCGUUUGAAGAUAGAAGAACAGAAGCGCCUCCGAGAAGAGAUCCUCAAGCAGAAGGAGCUGCGCCGGCAGCAGCAGGCAGGUGCCAGGAAGAAAGAGCUGCUUGAGAGGCUGGCCCAGCAGCAGCAGCAGCUCCACCUGCCCCCCACCGCGGCAGAGCAGGAGCAGCAGGCGGCUUCACCGUUGCCCACCAAUGGAAACCCACUGUUACCCUUCCCAGGUGCACAGGUCAGACAAAAUGUGAAAAACAGACUUCUCGUGAAAAACCAAGAUGUCACUGUUUCAAAUGUUCAGCCCAAAACAUCAAAUUUUGUGCCAUCUGGUGCUAACAUGCAGUAUCAAGGACAACAGAUGAAACCAUUGAAACAUUUGAGACAGGCCAGAACCGUACCUCAGAGUCCAGCUCAGCACAAGGUCCUGCAGGUAAAACCUGCGGACGGGGAGGGGCCGCCACCCCCCUCACAGACCACUCGAGUGGCGUCCCUGCAGGGCCGGCCCCCGGACGCCAAGCCUGGCGCGAAAAGGACUGUCAUGCACCGGGCAAACAGCGGCGGCGGAGAUGGGCCGCACGUCAGCUCCAAGGUCAGGGUGAUUAAGUUGUCAGGCGGGCAGGGAGGAGAGAGCGACGGCUUUUUUCACCCUGAGGGCCAGCCCCAGCGGCUCCCGCAGCCCCCAGAAGUGAGACAGCAGCCCGCCCGCAAGGUGACGCUGACCAAGGGGGCUCUUCAGCAGCCCCAGCACCCACCGGUGGGCUCCCACGUGCACUCGGCCGGCCCCCCAGGCAUCAAGAGCAUCCAGGGAAUUCAUCCGGCCAAGAAGGUCAUCAUGCACGGGAGAGGCCGAGGGGUGGCAGGAGCGAUGGGCCGGGGGCGCCUGAUGCCGAACAAGCAGAACCUCCGCGUGGUGGAGUGUAAGCCUCAGCCCUGUGUCGUGUCUGUUGAAGGGCUUUCUUCGUCCACUACUGAUGUCCAGCUGAAGAACCUACUCAUGUCAGUAGGCCCCAUUCAGAGUUUACAGAUGCUUCCCCAGCAACGGAAAGCCAUAGCUAAGUUCAAGGAACCAGCUCAUGCAUUAGCGUUUCAACAGAAAUUCCACAGGCACAUGAUAGAUUUGUCCCACAUAAAUGUGGCCCUGAUCGUUGAGUGAUUUCUAGCAGGAGAUGCUGACCUGACACUGUACACACGCUGUGGCAUUUCUUCAGGAAGCUGCAGCACACAAUCCCCGCGAGCGCAGGCCUCUCCGCCCUCAGUCUUGCGUAACUUGUCCGGAGUGCUGGACGGUCCGGCGCUGAUUCCAGCAGAGCUGAACUUGGGGACAUGGCGGACUGGGGUUUGCUGUUAGACUGCUUCACGUUCUGUUGUCACCACCGACAACUAUAGUUUUCGUUUGCUUUUGUUUUCGAAGUGCUCACAAUGCAUGUAGACAUCGUUCUUCGUGAUCGUACUGUGGGAUCGAUCACAGUGACUUAGAGUCAGGAAGGAACAUUAACGUCACAAAUUCUAAGUAGUUUCUCACAGCAAAGAAUACUUGAUAAUGGUUGCACUUAUCUUCAGUGCAGGCUAGAUAAGUGUUUACCCAACCAAGCGUACCUUGCGCUGUCUUCUCAGAAAGCCCUCAAAAGGCUCUUGGAAAAACCUAGAUUCAAAUGUGGGUGAUGAUGAUUGACAGUUGCAUAUCCUGGGAAGCAGGGUAUGAGGGUGGUUGGGAAUGGUGCCAAUUGUGUGGCAGAUUCUGCUUCUUGUGAAUACUCCGAAAGCAUCGACUAUGUAUUCCCAGUUCCAGAGGGGCCUCCCCACCCCUUUACACCCUUGCCGAAGAAGGCAGCAGUCUUGGUAGACCCUGUCCCGCCUCUCUGGGCCUUCUGGCAUCCCCUGCCUGUGGGCUGCCCCGCGGAUCUGCCAUGGAGGUGGAUGGGUGGCCUGAGGCUCACAGACCUGUGUGGGGUGGUUUUCCUCUUUUUAAAUGCAGCCCAGAGGGGCGUAUUUGUGUCCCUGGCUCGGUGACCUGUGACAUUCUUUGGGAACCUGCUAUCAUUGCUUUGAUUAACUUCUUGUGUUUGAAGGCCCUUUGAGCAGGGCUGUGCUGUCCUUCUGCAGACUAGGAGCAGGUCACCCUCAUGGAGUGUGUGUGUGAGGGAUGGCUGCCUCACCGGGGCCACGAAGCCCAACGCCAACCCGAAAUGUGUCCGUAUCGCCACGAACCCACUUGAGGAGUUCUGGGUAGGUUUCUUUAGGCAAGACCCUUAUUCCCCAUAAAGCAGCCUUUCUUUAGUAAAAUUCGUUCUGGGCAAAUGUUUGAAAAGUGCCUUAUUGUAUUUCUGCUCAUGAAGGAGAUUCACUGUUCUGGAUUUAUUCUAAUGUGGACCUGAACUAUUUGAGCAAGUAUUAGGUACUAGGGCAUACUCAGACUUUUUAGCUGUAUUUUAUACCUAAGAUUUCAUGUCAGGUUUAUUAGUAGAAUUAGAAGAGAUUCUGGUUAGCUGAGCGUAGACCUGCUGUAGCCCCCGUGGCCAGGCGUCCUCCUGCCUCUCCGCCUUCUGGUGGGGGCUGUGUCAGCUGGUUUCCACAGUGACAUUUUAUAUUCUUUCAGUUUAAGUUACCCGAGCUGGGGAGAGUGUCCAGGCCUGGUGAGGCUUGACUGCAGCGUUGAUUCUGAAAUGGCAUCCUGUGGAAAGAGUAAGCAUGGAAAAUGAAGGUGGUUGUUGGUGGCUACUUUUCAGAAGAUUUUGGUGCCAGGAAACAAAUGGGCACUUGUAGGGUCCACUAGAACAGACUCUGGCUAUGGUGCCUGGCCUCCCGGGUUCCCGAAGGCCCCUGAUGGAGCUGUGGAAGGUGGUGUGUGUGGGCCUGCCUCGGUGCUCCAGUGGAGGGGUCCCCAUAGUGCUGUGUACCUGCCCUCAGCUGGUUGACAUGGGCUGUCUUGUCCACUGUGGUCACAAGUAGUUAUGGGUGUGUUUAUGUAUUGAAAAAGCGUAGAUGAUUGCAUUGAAGUAACACACUUGCUAGCCUGGAAGCUCUUGGUAAGAGAGCUGCAGACAACCUUCCCACGCUGGGCAAUGGGCAGGCUUUCAGUUGAUGGACUUCCUGUAUCACCGAGGACCAAUUGAUGCCAUAAAAUGGGAUAGUCUGAGUGUGCUGUGGUCUUGAACCCGAAAAGGACCUUGUCUCUGGAAAGUAGGCAUAGAAACACUGUUUUUCUAGUUAGUAAUGAUAAACUAAGCCGUCCUGCGUGGCGUGGGUGCCACUGUUGAACACAGACCUUGUGGCUACUGUAAGAUCUGCUUUUGUCAUUGUCUGAGUAGGACACGCGUGUCUGGGACGUGUGUGUCUCUAACUGCACACACGGAAUCUUUCUCUUGCUGUGAUGUUCUUGAAAGCCUUGGGCCAGGCAGUUAGUAGGCCCCGCGCCCGGUCUGUGCCCGCUGCCGUCGGGAACGGCCCCCUGUCAGGCUCACCGUUCCCCUGGCCCGGGAGCAGAGGCUUAGGUUUCCUUGAAGGGGACUGCGGAAAAGGAAAGAAGCAGAAUUAGGAAGUAACGUUAUUUCCAAGGUCGGUACACUUUCCGCAGUGACAUCAGACCACCGACAGCUGAACCCUCUUGGAAGAUCUGUUGCAACCAUUAUCUUUGUUCUUUAUUUAUCAUGCAUUUAAAAUGAGAUGCAGAAGCAUUUAACAUACUAUGUAAAUAUGGACCUUUUAAAUUUAAAAUGUUAUUGGAGAUGCUUUCAAUUCAGCAACAAUCUUAGCUCUUUGUUAGUUCUUUUGUGUUGUCUUAUCAAAGUUUCAUGGAUACAGUUCCAUAACUGUUGAUGUGUUUGUGUGUAUAUUCGAUUUUUAUAAAGAUGGUAGUAAGUCAAUACAUUUAUCCUGACCUGUGUAUUAUUUGUUCCCAAAUUCAAGAAGCUUAAAGUCAGUAAAUAAUCUAUCGCAUAAGGUAAACAUAAUAGGUAAUUAUGUGGAGCCAAGUUACUUUUUCUUUUUGCAUUGUCUUGUUUUGAUUUUGUGCUGUAAUAUAAGAUCACGUAGCCGCUAUCUGAGCAUAACCUUGCAUUACCGUUGGUCUGGCCACUUUUGUUAAGUCCUUCUACUGAUACUUUUCUAAAGGAGAAACCCUGUCCCCCCCCCCCCAAAAGAAAUGUUGAGGGUCCCCCACCCCUUCUAGACAGGCAGCAUCCUAAGUAGAUGCCUGUGCCCUUGCCCCAGGGGGGGGAGUGGAAGGGUUGGGGGGCCUUGUAAUAACUACUUUUCAUUUGGGUCGUUCUUCUCUUAAUUUGUAAUGGUCCUGGAUAAACAAUUGUUUAUGAUUGGUUCUGUAGCAUUUCUAAAUUGUGGCAGAGCUUCAAUCCUGCACCCAGGGGUCUUCUUUCAAAGAGCAUUUUGCUUAAUUUGCAAACGGAACACUUUGUUGCCCAUGGAAGGGGAGAGCUGUCUAGGGUGGAGGGAGUGAGGAAUGACAGGCAGGGGGAGAGGAGAGUUUGCAGAAUGAAAGAAUUGUUUUAAGGAUUAUAAUCAACUUUUAGCACGCUGACUCUUUAAAGACGAGUCAGCCAGUUAAGCUGAGAGACACAGGAGGGUGGGCAAGCAGACAGCUCUCACUGGGGCGAUGGGAGGGUGCCCCCAUCAGGGAGAACCAACCACCUUCCCUGCGUGGGCCUUGAGCUCUUCCUCAGGAGGAGGCUGGACUGGCUCCGAUGGAGGAGAUGGAGGAGACGCACGGAGGCAGGGCCUUGCUCAGAGGGUUGGUUUUGAGAACCUGUCACUUCCAUUCUUUUUUUUUUUUUUUUCUUUCUUUCAUUUUUCUUUUGGCUUGUGGUUUCUGUUUUGUUCUGUUUAUUUUUUUUAAUUAUUAUUAUUAAUUUAUUUGUUAUUUAAUUGAAGGUAAGCUCACCAUGCAGGUAGACCACUGGACUGACAGGGACCCUGUGGUGGACAGGUGGGCUAAUGUAGUAGCCUGGGUGCCGAGUGCCUGGAGCACCCUCGAGCCCCUCGUCCUGCUUUGUUCCCCAGAAAGCCCACACGCCUGGUGUCAGGAAGCCCAUCCCUGGGCAGCUUGUGCUGCCCUCAGCAAAUGGCUUUGGGCCCCCUGCCUGCCCUACUGCCCUCCUCGGGGUCAUUUUUAAUUUUUCCUCCUUCCUGCUUGCAGGACUGUUGUGGUUUCACAUAUUCACUGGGAGACCUAAUCUUACUUCCCUUUAGUCAGGUAGAGUCGUCGUCCCCCCCCCGGUUUUUUUGCUUAUUUAUUUGGAGUUGGGAAGGGACUUCUCAGAGGUAGCCCUUGGUUCUUUACACAUUUUGAAGUGACAUUAUUCUGAAAGGGAAUAUCCUGAAUGGUGGUGGGAGGGGGUGGGUGAUAGAACCCAGACCAGGAGACAUUGUCUGCCCUCCCCUCACCUCUCCCAUGAAAGAAGCCACAGGAGUUUAGAUCACGUAAGGGAAAGUUUAGAUAUUUUACUGUGUUUAAUGAGCAUUUCGAGUAACCUUUUCAACUAUAUUUAAAACUUGUGAAUGAAGUGUUAUUUUGGACAUUCGUAGAUAUGAACUCUCCAAAGGCGUUUGGCCUUGAUUCACUAGUAAAUCCUAAGGAUUUUGUGUAAGGUUUUUUUGCAACCUAUUUAAUUGUCAUUUAAAGCGCCCAUGGUUUUGUGUCCUAGAACCAAAGCAAAACUCACUGAUUCAUAUUGGAUCCCAGGUAUACCUUCUUCUGGUAGCGUAUGGUUGGGAAGGAUCAUUGAUUUUACACUUUGUAACCUGCUUUUUCUAGAGAAUGUUUUUAUGAAUCUUAACUCUUUUCUGUGCCGUGUUGUGGUAGGAAAUCUUUUCAUUAAGAUGGGCAGGUAGAGCAGGUAUUGAUAGUGAGAAGUUGCUUUUCACUUUUAUUUCUAACCAACUAAAAUGUAAAAAGAUCGUGUUGGUGUUUUGCUCUGUUUUAUUUUACUAACUUAAAAAUGUAUGUAGAAAAAUACAGGCCUUUUAUGAGGAAACUAGUUUUAAAUUUUUAGUACAUUGCAGAGAGUGGACAGAUGUGCUAUUUGAUAUAUUCUGUAUUUAGUAAUUAGUAUACUCUAGAAAGUAGACCUUGACAUUCUUUCAGCAUGAUUUCCUUUUGGAAUUAGUUGUCAUCGUAAGGGCACAGAUAGUGGACCCUGAUUUUAAAGGACUGAGUGUUUUGCAGUAUUGCCUUGGAAUACAUAACUAGAUGUUGGAACCAGCACACACGCAACACGCUCAUACUCUCAGCUGAAGAGCAAGUGAUCCUUUGUAUUUAUAAUCCAUCUUUGCUUUUUACAGGAUGGGAUCCAGACUUGCUUUUCCUCUGUGAGGAUUUUAACUCUCCGCCUUCGUCUUUAAUUCCACACUUUGACUUCUAGGUUCAGGAAGAGCGAAGCCUGAAACCGUUCCAUCCCUCCUCUGGGGGCGCUGCCAUCCUGGGCAGCCCGCAGCCCUGGCCUCCACCUGCCCCCCUCCUUCCUCCUGUUCUCUUGCACUUCCGUUGCCCAACCACACACACACACACACACACACACACACACACACCACCACCCACCCACCCACACCCGGCCACCACUGAGAGUGCCUUUCCCUUUCGGAAAAUCCUUUUCUUUGACUUCCUCAUCUCUGGAUGCCCUUACCUCCUCCUCCCGGCCCUCCUUUGGUGAUGGACUUCUUUUGCUGUUGGUGCUAUAUUCUUUUCUUGCUCCUGUGUCCAGUCUUAACAUUUAGAAUUCCUCUCUGGGAGGGGGUAUGAGAAUGUUGUGAAUAUUUUUGCACUGUGUUUAAAUUCAAUUGCCUCUCAUCCUUUGCUUUGACAGGUGUUUACUCGUGCUUUGUUCCCCCAGGUCUGUGUUGGAGAGAAUAAUAUCUGAAUUCUAUUAUUUUGCAGUUUGACUUGUAGGAGCGUGUGGCACCCCCAGAUGCCAGCAUCGUGCCGCCGGUGGGAGGCGUGUGAUUAAUCACCCCCUUGUUUUCACCCCUCUACUUUUGCAGGACCUCUUGUGCAUGAGUUCAGUGUUAGUUGUGGCGCGCCUAGUUUUCCACUGGAAGUGGCGGCCUGUUUGACCCUUUGUUACUGCUCUCGCUGUGAUCCUUCCUAACCGUAAUGCGCACGCGCUGCCGAGCUGGUCUGUGCAGCUCCGAGGUGGAGCCUGACGCUGUGUUUAUUGGGAGUGCAUUGAGAGUUCACAAACCAAGAGGUUGCCUAUUGCUUUCCUCUGGGUUGGUCUCCUCCAUGUUUUCUACCAAACACUGCACUUACCGUUGUGGGAAAUGAUGUUGCCUUGCCUUACCCCGUUUUUCACUUUGUGCUAAUCACUGUGACAGCUCUAUCAGGAAUAUGUGUGAAGAACAGUAGUGACAUGGUUGGAAAAAUGUAUUGUGUGUGUAUCAUUUGUGUGAUUCCAUACCGAGACGUGUCUGGAACUGUUUGUAAUUCGAAAGAUGUGUUAAUAAAAGACUUUGCAGUUCUUACUUUU